GCUGCACUGACGGCGGGUGCCCGCGCCUCAGUUACUGAUUUAUUCUUGAGACUCCCCUGUUCUCAUCUGUCCUCAUGGAUGAACUUCAGGAUGUUCAACUCACAGAGAUCAAACCACUUCUAAAUGAUAAGACUGGUACACGAAACUUCCAGGACUUUGACUGUCAGAAAUCCGAGGCAGAGACACUCAUAGGUAUUGUUCAUGUAGCUAAUGGCUACCUUGUUGGAUAUGGAACUUUCAUACUGUUGUCUUUGUCUCAGCUCAAUCAUCCAGAGCUUGUGGAAGGCCUUGUGCUCAUUAAUGUUGACCCUUGCGCUAAAGGCUGGAUUGACUGGGCAGCUUCCAAACUCUCAGGCUUGACAACCAAUGUUGUGGACAUUAUUCUGGCUCAUCACUUUGUUUAGGAAGAGUUGCAGGCCAACCUGGACCUGAUUCAGACCUACAGACUGCAUAUUGCCCAAGAUAUCAACCAAGACAACCUGCAGCUCUUCCUGGGUUCCUAUAAUGGGUACACUUUACCAUCUGCCAGCAUGACCCGGCUCGCCCGAUCACGAACACACUCAACCUCAAGUAGCAUCGGCUCUGGAGAAAGUCCUUUUAGCCGGUCUGUCACCAGCAAUCAGUCAGAUGGAACUCAAGAAUCCUGUGAGUCCCCUGAUGUCCUGGAAAGACCCCAGACCAUGGAGGUGUCCUGCUAAGCAGAUGCUCCUUCCCUGGACCAUGCAAGUCCAUCCUUCUUCAAAUGACUACUCCGUAAUAUAACAUUUCAUCCGGUAAACCGGCCUCUGCUAUCUUUAACUCAUGCAUGGCCACUGAAACUC